AAGGGGCUGAGGCACCCCCACCCCCACCCCGGGCUUCUUCACUAAAUUCCUCUCUCUCACCCUCAUUGACCUGAGCUGCCCAUUCUCUUUGGACCUACCUAGGACUACUGAAUCUGUGACUCUGGAAUGCGAAAGAGCUGAACUUAGGUAGAAAAAUGGCUGACGAAAUGUACUGUGAUUCAGAAGACAAUGUUAUCAACCUUAUAGAGAUAGAGUUUCGAGAUGGUACCCUUUACUUCAAAGCUGAAGACGAUGAUCUCCUGCAAUCAGAUGACUUCCAAAAGCUCGAAGACCCCAAAAAAGCAAUCUUAAGAAACUUGAACAAUCAAGUUCUCAUGAAAAAAAGUGGGAUGGACAUAGCUGUUCUCGAGGAUAUGACUGAUUAUGAGAUUCAAGCAAAUGCACCGCAAACUAUUUUUAUAAUGCAAGCCUAUAAAGAGACUGAGCCCAGCGGUAUGGCAAUAGCCAUCUUGGUGAAGAGUAAAAACCAGAUUUAUAGUCUGUCCUGCCAGAACAAAGAACUUCACUUUAAGGAAGGUGCUACUCCAAAUCAUAUUGCAGCUACAAAAAGUGAUUUUAUAUUCUACCAAAAGAAGGUUAUAGGUCAUGAGAAGAUGCAAUUUGAGUCUUCGUUGUACCCAGGAUAUUUUCUGGCUUGUAAGAAGGAACAGCAGGGCUAUUUUAAACUUGUUUUAAAAGAAGGCUAUCAAGAAGAUGAUGAGUUUAUGAUGUUUAUUGUUCAAUAUUGCUAGAAAAAAAAAGACACAUAAAACCACUUUGAAAAAAUGUCUUGGGACAACAGAGAAAUAAAAUAUAUGAGUAGAAAAUAUAUCCCCAUACAUAAAAAUUCUCAGUGACUUGAGAGUUCUAAAAAAAAUUCAUCCACAUAAUUAAAAUGGCAAAAUCAAGAAAUAAAGACCCAGUACAAUGAGCACAAUGAUAUAAACAAAACAAAGGUAUAUGUGACUCUUGUAUCAUAGCUGGUCACACUCCCAGUGUGACUUUGGGCAAGGCCAAUUCAACUAACCUUUCUGAGCCUCAGUUUCCUUACUCUUACCUCUUCACAAACUCUGCAUUUCAAACAAACAGAAUUCCUGUUUCCUGACAUUUUCCUACCUGUGUGCCAUAUAAGUACACAAGCCAUCCCCCUUGCCUAAUCUGCACUUUGGCUCAUCUUGGCUUUUCUCCCAUCAUGGCUCAUUCCAAGAACCUCCAUGGAGCCUCCCCUGAGCCCUCCAACUGGAGUUAUCUCUCACUUCUCAGCUAUUCUCAGAGCACUUCCCCUAAUAUUUAUUUUGCCUUUCAUCUCCUAGAUCAACAGACUCAACACCCUGAUGUCAUCUUCAACCUUCAUUUAUUCAACAAAUCUUUAUUUUGUAAGGCCCCCAUCUCCUUUCUCCCUGGGAUAGUCAGGCACCAAGUUCUAUCCAUUUCCUCCCUUGUAACAGCUCCUAUAUUCAUUAUUCCCUUCCCAUUCCCAUUCCUAUUGCCCACAUGCUGACCCAUGCCUUCAUUUCCUCACAUUUAGGUGGGAUGUGUUGGGAAAUAUUUAACAACUGGCUCUCUAAGCGGGACAAGUUUAAUCUGGAUUAUUAACAUUUUAUCCAUUGCUUUCUUAAGUCAAUAAUCAAGAAAACAGUAAAGCAAACCCUGAUUUGUAACAUUUUCAAAUUUCUAAUGUAUAAAUGGUGUAAGGGGCUAAAUUCUAGCUAUACUGUCUAAAAUAUCUAAUAAGUGGUCACCAAUAAAUC